CCUUGAUAAACCGGGCUAAGCCGUCUGAAACCCGACCCGGGUAGUUCUAACUUUUUGACCCUAAAACGAAAGACCCUUCUCUAGCACGUCGGGGUUCGUUCAAAGAUCAAGAUCUGCAGACAUGGCGGACGAAGCAACCAGAGCUGCUUUUAUGGAGAUUCAAGCUAGCAUGAUUGAACUCACUGGGAAGCUCAAACAGGUGCAGAAUCAGAUGCGCAACAAAGAGGGAGAUAGAAAGCGAGCUUUCUUAACCUUGGAGGAGCUGAGGCCAUUGCCUGAAGAGACAAACACCUACAAGUCAAUAGGAAGAACGUUUGUUCUAGAGCCCAAGACAGUGCUGGAGGGUGAACAAGAGCAAAAACUCAAGGACAGUGAAGCUGCCGUUGCUUCUCUACAGACAUCCAAGGAAUACUUGGAGAAGCAGGUAGCAGAGGUUGAGAACAACUUGAGGGAGCUGUUGCAGCAAGAACCGGGCAUUGCUCAACAGAUUAUGUCCAUGUCUAUGUAACUUUUGUAUUAUCCCAAACCUUUGAGUUUGGAGAGCUUUUGGGAUUGAAACCAUAACAUGUUCUAGUUAAAAGUUGUAACAUUCAAAAGUUUUUGUUCGAUCAGUAUUGUUUUAAAGCCUCUGGUCUAUGAUAUUGCAAAAAACUGAGAUUUCUUAUGCGACAACAAAUGCAUGAUCUAUCUAACUCGAAAACAAAAAUUUUAACAAGGAUGAGGUCUCUCUAUGAUUCUUCGGAGAGAAAACUCAAUCCUUGUUCCACCGUUCGGUAUGCUUACCGGCUUUCGUUGUCCGGAUGAGA